AGGCGCUCGGGUCGAACAUGUUUUUGUUUGAUAUUUUUUAUUUUAUUAUUAUUACAAUUUUUGCAUUUCGUAUUUUUAACUGAUCGAUGUAAUAAGCGAUAUACGUCAUCGAUCAAAAUUUCAGAAUCGCUAUGGAACUUCUGCUAGUAAGUGAUCGAUUUUAAAUCAAUACUGUUUUGUAUAAAAGGCUGGUCCAGCGACUGAACAUUAGGAAUACGCGGCAAAGAUACUGAGGGAAGCGUUAUAUGUAUUAAAAUUAUAUUACUGGUGCGCGAUUUACCUGAGACAAAGUUUACAAACUUUUAGAACUUUGGUCCACUUUUGCAAGUUUUGGAAUCAUCAUGUCAGGAGGUGCAAAGAAUGCGAGGCCCUCAAGUGCCUCGUCCAGGGAAGCUUGGGGUGAUUAUGGGGGUCAUGCCAGGCCAGACAGUCAGUUUGAUUUUGGCCAAGAAGGUAUAAGGAAUGAUCCAGACUUGGCACCGGCUGCUAUGGAAGAUGACGCUGCGUACAUAAGCAAUGACAAGCCCAAUGGAAAAGGUUCUACUGUUGCCACUACAGGAUCCAAGAGAAACCCCAACCAGUCAUGCUUCGGAAAGUUUGGAAGCGGAAUAAGAUCCCUGUGGGCCACCCGCCAGACAGAGGAUGUUACUGGGGACCGAGAGCUGCAUGUGAAAACCACCCUGAGGGAGCUGAUUAUCUAUCUGGCCUUCCUUAUCAUCCUCUGUAUUGUGACCUUCGGCAUGACUGGGACCUCCAUGUACUACUACACAAAGGUGAUGUCGGACCUUUUCCUGGAUUCCCCCUGGACAUCUGGAGGCAGCUUCCGUACAAUCACAAGCGUGGAGGACUUCUGGAAGUUUGCCAAAGAGCCAUUGCUGGACGGCCUAUACUGGGAGUCGUGGUACAAUAACCAGACGGUCCCAGAUGAACAACUCGGCUACAUCUACUACGAGAACAAGCUGCUCGGCGUCCCUCGGAUUCGACAACUGCAGGUCCACAGCAACUCAUGUGUCGUCCAUGCUGACUUCAAGGACGUGAUUCGCGAGUGUUAUGAAUCCUACUCGGAGAGUGUUGAAAACAAGGAGGCGUUUGGUAAAAAGGACAACUACACUGCCUGGUACUAUCGUUCUGAAGAUGAACUAGGUGGUUCAAGCUACAUGGGUCAGAUAACCACCUACAGUGGGGCAGGGUAUGUUCAAGAUCUGAAACGGUAUAAGAAUGAGUCAGAGGAGAUUAUAAACUAUCUGUUCAACGAGCGAUGGAUCAGAAGGGGCACUCGUGCUCUCUUCAUUGACUUCACUGUGUACAACGCCAACAUCAACCUCUUCUGUGUUGUCCAGCUGACAGUUGAGUUCCCCGCUACUGGUGGUGCUAUCCCCCACUACCAACUGAGAACGGUGAAGCUCAUCCGUUACGUGACUGUGUACGACUACUUCAUCAUGGCCUGCGAGUUCAUCAUCUGCCUCUUCAUCCUCUACUACAUGGUAGAAGAAGCCAUUGAGAUCAAGAAGCACAAGUGCUCGUACUUCAAGAGUGUAUGGAACAUCCUCGACAUCCUGGUGAUUGUGAUCGUGCUGCUGUGUGUGGGCUUCAAUGUGUACCGCACCAUCAAGGUGGACGAGCUCCUAAAGGACCUGCUGGGCAAGCCGGACCAGUAUGCCGACUUUGUGUUCCUCUCCUUUGGACAGGUGCAGUUUGACAAUGCCAUAGCGGUUGCUGUGUUCCUGGCCUGGAUCAAGAUCUUCAAGUACAUCAGCUUCAACAAGACCAUGACCCAGCUCUCCUCCACCUUGGGCAAGUGUGCCAAGGACCUGGCAGGCUUUGCUGUGAUGUUCUUCAUCAUCUUCCUGGCCUUCACCCAGCUUGGCUACCUGCUGUUUGGCACGCAGGUCAAGGACUUCUCCAACUUCAAGCAGUCCUUUUUCACGCUGUUCCGAAUCAUCCUCGGUGACUUCAAUUUUGACCAGCUGGAGGCAGCCAACCGCGUGCUGGGCCCUAUCUUCUUCAUACUGUUUGUGUUCUUCGUCUUCUUCGUGCUCAUCAACAUGUUCCUGGCCAUUAUCAACGACACCUACUCCGAGGUGAAGGGAGAUAUGGCCAACCAGAAGAAUGAGUUCGAGAUAACAGACUACUUCAAGCGCGGCUAUGAUAAGAUGCUGAGCAAGCUGAACUUCAAGCAUGACAAGAUAGUGGACAUCCAGAAGGCGCUCCAGACUGCAGACAUCAACAAUGACAAGCAGGUGGACUUUGAUGAGUGGCGGCAGGACCUCAAGACUCGUGGCUAUGCUGAUGGAGAGAUCGAGGCUCUGUUUGCCAAGUAUGACAUCGACGGUGACCGCGUACUGGACGAAGAUGAGCAACGUAAGAUGCUGUCAGACCUCAACGAUCAAAAGGCUGCCCUGAACAAGGAGUAUGAUGACCUGGACAAGAUGCAGAGACCAGAGAGUGGUGCCCGCCGCUCUACCAGUCGAGUGAGCUUCAAUGACGACAGCGGAGAGGACAGCGAUGAUGAAGACAGCCACACCAAGUCCUCCAGAUCAGGUAAGAAGGGCCCAGCACAAGGAGUCCAGUACGAAGAAUUCACAGUGCUCUCUCGCAGAGUGGACAGAAUGGAACAUUCUAUUGGCAGCAUAGUGUCCAAAAUAGACGCAGUGCUCGUCAAACUGGAAGCGAUGGAGAAAGCAAAAUUAAAACGCAGAGAAACAAUGGGUAAAAUCCUGGACAGUAUCACAGAGUCCGAUGGAACAAGCGAUGAGGUUAAACGUGAACAAAUGGAGCGGUUGGUCCGCGAGGAGUUGGAACGUUGGGAUUCUGAGUCCUCUAUAACCCCCCAGCCCAGUGGUCGUGGGGCGUCCCCAAGCAGCAGUGGGAGGGGUGGGGGAGCCAGGUCCCGUGCAGGGGCCAAUGCGCCUAUCAGUGAAAAGCUUCCAGAAAAACUUGUUGAAGCACCAGAACGUUUGAUAGAAGUGAGAGAGCCGAAUGAGAAGAGCUCAGUGCUAGAGCUGUCAAAGGUUGCUUCCUUUAGUAACAUGCAUUCUUCUGAAUCUGGUUUUAAGGAUAUUUUUGACAGUGGAGUUUUCACCAGCCAUUGCUAAAACAAGAAGGAAAAACAACUCACUUUAAGACACCAAAAUAAAGCGCAAACUGUUUGAACUAUCACAAAAACUUUGUACAGACUCUUCAACAAAUACCUUCAUUAACUUAUCCAACAAACUUUUACUUUGAAAUAUAAACCAAAGGAUCAUAGGAAAUCUUCACUGUCAUGCGGCUGAUUUGAACGAUGGACCGGCUACGUGAACAUUCCUUGAUGAGAACGUUUUUGUGUUGUGUUUUUUUUCUUUCCUUUAUAGAAUUGUAAUUUUACCCAGCAACACUUUAAUCUGUUUGAGUUAAGUCAGGAUAUUUCAGAUGUAUUGUGAAUACAUGUGAUUUUUAAAUGUAAACUAAUUUGUAAUUGCAAUUAAUCUUAAUAUUAUUAUUUUCCGAUUAUAACCAUUAUUUGUGGUUUGAAUUUGAGAUUUUCAAUAUUAAUUGAGAAUCAAUGGCAAACCAUUCGAACAAAAAGUUAACCAAUAAUAAGUACAAUUAUGUAAUAAAUUGAAUUUUACCUACCAUUAUAUGAAAACUAAUUUUUCUACAGGAUAUUUAUGAUUAAAAACUUUCAUGUUAAUAGGUUUUAUAAUCAAGAACAGAAAGAAAUUUUAAAAAGUCUAGCAAGUUUGCACAUUAUGUAAAGUUUCUUUUUUCUUUUUGAUAGUUGAUGUGUUUUAACAUGAGUCUAGUAGCUGAAUAUUCUGUUGCUGGGUAACUACUGUAGAUGUCCCAAUGUUGUGCUAGUCAAGCCUUUUGUGAUUGUGAUAUAUAACCCUGUCCCUGCAAGUGCAUCUCGAACACUUGACCUGCUGAUUGCAAACGCUGGUACAGAGUUUUCUUGAGGUCAAACUACCCAAAUUCAAACUGUUUUGUGUAAUAUCUAAAUCCCUUUUUGUUUCGAGAAACUUGAAAAAAAUAUUGAAAAAGUGAUUAUUAUAGGUAUUCAAGGCAAAACAUAGAACAAGAUCGAUGAAUAUUAAAAACAUUCAAGAUAAAAGUCAUGCAUAAAAAGAUCAAGUCACCGCAACUGCAAACUGAUAAUUACUAUUACAAAUUUCAAAAUUAUAAUAUCUUGAUCAGACCACAAGUUUUGGAACUGAUGACCUGACCAUUGUGGUUCACAUCUGUGAUGAAAACUGCUUUCUGCAGGUCAAGAACAAAUAACACAAUAGUUGCUGUUCUCAUGUUUCCGUCCAUAUUUUAGUAUUGUUAUUGUUUGUUAAUGUUUUAUUAUUGAAAUCUUAAUUUAGUGCUGUAUUUUACUGAAUUUUGUGACCAAAGCAUGACAACCCGUCCAUACGUUACUUUUAUGUUACUAUAUUUGUUCCUACAUUGUUUUAAUAUUUUAUUUUAUGCUGUUUAUUUGACUACAUUUGUAAAAAUGCCAGGUACUUAACAGAUGUAUAUAUUUUUAUUAAAGACAAUAUCAGGUUACCGUCCAAAGAUGUUUAUAUUUUUAAAAUUUUUAAUUAUAUGUACACUUUUUAUUGUAUUAAUGGUAGAAUUUCAGUUGUGGACAGGAUUAUUUAUGACAUUUUUGUCUUGCUUUUUCUUCUAUUUAGAAAAAAAGAACAAAAACUGAACUUAGUAUAAAAUGUAAAAAUCAUUAACAAAUAUAACUUUACACAUAUUAAUAUCUAUUUUCACCAGCUGUUAACAAACAACUCCUAAUAUUGGGAAGCUGAAUACAUGUUCAUAAAUUAAUAACUUUCAGAUUUUAUUUGAAUUUAUGGUGUUAACCAAGGAAGGCAUGUUUUAAGUUGAUGAUUACCACUCACAAGACACAUUUUACCAUGCCUUCCAAAGCCUUAUCACUAAUAUUGUACCAGGGUGUUGUUAUGGAAAAAAACAUAAGCAGAACUGUUUUAAAGUGGUUUUCUGUUAAGAUUUUAAACUAAUAAAACAUCUGAAUGGAAAGUAGAAUAAUGAUUUUAAAGAGUACAGAGCAUUUGACUCCAAACACAGUUUUGCAAAGAAAAAAUAUCAAGUAUGUAUGUAAAAUGUGAUAAAAUUGCCUUUUGUCAGACCAUUUAAAUCAGUAAAAACUGUAUAAUUUAAGAAAUAACAUCAAAAUGUCUACAUAUCACAUUUACUUGAAUUGAAGCCAACAAUUUUUGGUCUUUGACUACAAAUUUCCAACUUCUCUAUUCAUCCAGAGUUGGCAAGCCACUCACAAACAUAUACAUGUAUUCUGUUAACAUUUUAUGAUAGAAUUUGCAUGCUGUUAAUAACUUUGUAUACUGCUGAUGUAUAUUUUACUAAUGUUUCCGAACAAAUGUAUAUUUUACGUAUGUUACAUAGUUUUUGCUCUUUUUAUAAUAGAAAUGUUAUACAUAUUUUUACUUGCAAAGAGAUUGUUUAUAUCAGUUGGACUGUGAAAUGUGAUUGUGUUUUCAACUGCUUAGUUAUACGUGCAAGUUUUUCACUAGAUAUUUAAAAGCAGUUCUAAAUGACAAAUCUACUGUAAAAUGUUGGUAGUUCAAUGUUUGGUGGUGCACCAAAGAAGUUGACUUACGUGGUUAAUGAAUAUUUAAGCAUGUUAUUUUUGGACUCAAUACACAUGUAUGUACUUCUUUUCGUGAAAACAUCAUACUUUAUUUGAUUUUGAACGAUAAAUUGUGAAAACAUUAUGAUGAAUAAACAAUUUCUUGCAAACUUAAAUAAAAGCUUUAGAAUCACA